AUGUCGCCCUCGCCAUCCAUGUCCGCCCACUGGGGCAAGCAGAUCUACGCCUCGUGGCGCCAGAGCCGACAGGGCAGCGGUGCCACCACCACCACCGCUCCGUCACCGGUCCCGAGCCCCCUCGCCUCGCCGGCCGGCUUUCCGGAGAAGCGGUCCAUGGACAGCGACCGCAGCAGCACCAGCGGCUCGGUCCCCAUCACGCGCCAGCUGUCCAACUCGAGCUGGUUUGGACGCAGGUAA